ACGUGGCAGUCAGAGAGCUGUACACAGCAGCUGAGGCUGAUGCUGGUCCUCUCCUGCAACAAUUCACUCAUACAAGCUGACAUCCUGCUCUCAGACAGGAUAUACUGAAGCAAGGACCCUCUUUACGUUGUCAGACUUGUUUUGACGCCUGCUAUCAAGCAUUUGAAACAUGUUUACCGUGUCGGAGCUAGUUGUCUUGCUGGCCGUCCUGUCUGCCACUGCGUCCGGCUACUUCGUUAGCAUAGACGCCCAUGCCGAGGAAUGCUUCUACGAGCGGGUCAAUUCCGGCACCAAGAUGGGCCUCAUGUUCGAGGUUGCCGAAGGCGGCUUCCUGGACAUCGAUGUAGAGAUAACAGGACCUGAUGGUAAGCAGAUUUACAAAGGUGACAGAGAAUCUAGUGGGAAAUAUUCUGUGGCAGCACACAUGGACGGAACCUACAAGUUCUGCUUCAGCAACAAGAUGUCAACCAUGACACCCAAGAUCGUCAUGUUCACGAUUGAUAUUGGAGAGGCCCCUAAAGGCCAGGACAUGGAGACAGAAGCCCACCAAAACAAGCUGGAGGAGAUGAUCAACGAGCUGGCUGUUGCCAUGACAGCUGUAAAGCACGAGCAGGAGUACAUGGAGGUUCGCGAGAGGAUACACAGAGCAAUCAAUGACAACACAAACAGCAGAGUGGUGCUGUGGUCGUUCUUUGAAGCUCUGGUUCUGGUGGCAAUGACACUUGGACAGAUUUACUACCUGAAGAGAUUUUUUGAAGUACGGCGAGUGGUGUAGUGUGAUUAAAUAAUCCCUCUGUGUCCUCCACUGUUUCCUCCAACACCAAGACCGAUAUUUACACUCUGGAAAUGAGACUGGCAGUUUUGACUUAAGCCUACAUAUGAUUGGAUCUCAGAUGUUCUGUUCUCAUGUACCUACUUGGUUCCUUCUUUAAAAUGUAAUUAGUGUUUGUUUGGAAUGGAUGGCUAAAACAUUCAACAUUCUGAGAUGGGUGUCAAUUUUCAUUAUUUUUUCUUUUGUUUCACAUAUUGUUUUUGUCCAAUACUGUCUGAUAAUUACAGUUAAAUACCAAUUGUUAGCCAGUACAGUUUUGCCUGUGUGAAUGACUGUGAGGCUCAUAAUUUUUAGCAAAGGCAGGCAGAAGAAAAAGACGUAGAAAUGCACAUAAAUCGAUAUGUGGAGUCACCACAGGAGAAUGUAGCCCUUAUUAAGAUAAAAAUAGGUUCCUUUUCCUCUGAUAAAAAUGGCAAACAAGAAAGAAAAUGCAUUUGACUUCUGUCUAAGAUGCAGGAGGUUUUGUUUCCAUCGUCUAAGUCAGACAAUGUAUUGGCAGAUAUGUGAUAUCUGUACAUUGUGUUAAUGCUCUCAAACAAAAAAUUGCACUCCUGAUGGAUACAUCUGAAUAUCUGAAGGACUUCCACUGCAGCUGGUCUUUAAGGGAAACUGUACAGCUUUUAGCUCUGUUGAUUCAUUGCGAGCCAUGCCACAUGGGGCUUCAGUUGACAUCCUUUGUGUACGUAGUUCAGAAAAUGACAAUGGGCGAGUGGUUUCUUGGCCUACAAGUUCACAGGUUGAUUUAAUUUUCAUACACUUAGGUUAAACUUCACUUAGCAGUCAGACCUUGAAGAGCUGAGGCAGGGUUGGAUUUUAAACUGAACUACUUGGGGUGCAAGUGUAGAGGAAUACUGAAAUACAUGUUACAUGUUGAUUGAGGGAGGGCGAGUGGGUGGGGGGGUCUGACAUCUAAUGACUGCUGUGUGCUUUAGUUGCUUCUUCUAUAGUUAUUUUGUUGGGGUUGGGGAUUUUAAAUUAUAUGAUUGUAUACAAUUUUGAACUGUUUGUUUUUCCUGGAGCAUAUCCUGCAACGUGCAACUGUUUGGAUGAUGCCGUUCAACUGAAUUUUACCUUUUUCUAUCCCUAUACAAGGUAAAAACUUAAGUCCAAGGCAUUAGCUUCACAGUGAGCACACCGCAGCAACACCGUAAGAGUUGCAUGUUUCUGGAUAUGCUCCAGUUUUGUAUUAAAAACAAUCUUUGGUGAACUCAGGCAGGUAAACUGCUCUGUACACAGUCUCCUCCUUUUUUGUGAUUACAACAAAAUCUGAUAAGUGGAUCUGUACAAAUGUAGGAUGGUUGUGGAAAAUGCCCCAGGUUUCAUAAUAAAGCCAAUAUUCUGUA